CAUUGCCCAUAGACAUGUGCUUCUAAGGUCUAUAAACUACAAUUCCCAGGAAGAACGUUUCAAUUCUAAUCAGUAGUUAAACUUUUCCCUACACCAAAAUCAUCUCUUCAAUAAUGGAAGGUGGACUAAAGGGAAGCUCAUUACAAGAUAUGAAGCUUUUGUUUGUUGAAAUGGGUGUUGGCUAUGACCUUCAUGGUCAGGACAUAACAGCUGCCGCAAUGAGAGCAUGCAGAGAUGCAAUUUCUGCCAAUUCAAUUCCAGCUUUCCGUAAAGGUAGCAUCCCUGGUGUUACAUCUGAUCACAUGAAAUUACAUGUCAAACUGGGGGUGCCUCAUCCUCUGCAACAAAACUUGAACAAGGAUAAAAUUAAGUCUGUGUUUCCAUACGGACAAAUCAUGAACUUUGAAGUAGUGGAUGGUGGACUUGUGUGCUCAACUGAAGAAAUGGCCGAAAAGAACGAUGACUGCUACAUUGUUAAUGCUGCUGUAUAUGUUGGCUACUAGGCUUUUGGUAUCUUAGAUCCCUCUGGAAUCUUAAUUUCCAUGGGGAACUUGCAUGUGUGUUGGAGUUUUGUUGCUUCAGUAAAGCUGCAAUGAGGGCAAAGUUUGCAUUUUAGCUUUUUUAUAUGUAUUUUAAUUAAGAGUAGUUGUGUUAUCCUUUCAUUGUUUCUGCAUGAAUGUACCUAGUACUUUUGUCAGUUAGGUUGAAUUUACUAUGUUUGUUUGUAAUAAUGGAUCAAAGAUCAUCUGAAGUUCAUUUUUGAACUGCAUACUUCUCAA